AUGAUGGAUGAUGACACAGAGCUGAGGACCGACGGCAACUCGCUUUUAAAGGCUGUGUGGCUUGGGAGGCUCCGGCUGACCAGACUGCUCCUGGAAGGGGGAGCUUAUAUUAACGAAAGCAAUGACAAAGGCGAAACAGCUCUCAUGGUGGCAUGCAUCACCAAACAUGUGGACCAGCAAAGCAUCAGCAAGACCAAGAUGGUGAAGUACCUGCUGGACAACAGGGCAGACCCCAACAUCCAGGAUAAGUCUGGCAAGACUGCGCUCAUCCAUGCUUGCAUCAGAAGAGCAGGGGGAGAGGUGGUCUCCUUAUUGCUAGAGAACGGCGCAGACCCCAGCCUUGAGGACCGCACUGGGGCUUCAGCUCUGGUUUAUGCAAUAAAUGCAGAUGACAAGGAUGCUUUGAAACAUCUCCUUGAUGCCUGUAAAGCCAAAGGGAAGGAGGUGAUUAUUAUAACAACAGACAAAUCAUCUGCGGGAACCAAAACCACCAAACAGUAUCUUAAUGUCCCCCCGUCACCCAAAGUGGAAGACAGGCAGUCACCUCCACGGUGUGCGUCCCCCUCUGAUGUUGAGCUGAAGGCUCCAGGCCUGGGCUUUCCAUCCAGUGAGAAGGAAGAUGACAUCUUCAGCCUCCAAACAGGGCAUCCGAGUGGUUGCAAUGCCUCCAAGGCUCUUAAUGAGCCCGGGUCACCCACCAGGAAAGUCAGUGGUCUCAAAAGGGCCCGUCUGCCCCAACUGAAGAGGCUCCAGUCUGAGCCCUGGGGCCUGAUCGCUCCCUCAGUGCUGGCAGCCUCAGCACGUCAGGACGAGACCCAUAGCCCCAGCACAGACAAAGAGGUUCUCAAGAGCAUCAGUGAUGUGUCCUUCACUAAGAGGAGGCCCCUCUCCAGAACCAAUAGUAUUGAUAGCAAAGACCCUACAGUCUUCCCCAUGGUCAUGGAGCAGGUUAUGAAGAUUCCAGCCUCUUUAGCACCAGCAUCCUGGAAGGCAGCCUAUGAGAAAGGCCAGGCCCCUAAUCCCCGUCUGACCAGAAGAGGAACUCUCCCUGCUGACCAAGAGAAGGGUGGCAUGGGCCCAUUGGGACCCUCUGCUCUCAAAGAGCCAGCAUCCCUCAAACAGCUGGAAAAUGACCUCUACGAUUUAGGUUUACAGCCGGGGGCUGACCCGCCAAACUCCAUUUCCCUAGAAUCUGGCAAAGGACCCUUAGACAGAAAGAAGCUCAAUAGCUCCCACUUGGCUCUUUUCCUUGGCUCUCGGGAAUCCCUGGACACUGUACCCAGCACAUCCCCUAGCUCAGCACGCCGAAGGCCACCACAUCUUCUAGAAAGACGAGGCUCUGGAACUCUACUUCUAGACCGUCUCUCUCAUGCUCGGCCUGGUUUCCUUCCUCCUUUAAAUGUGAAUCUGAACCCACCUAUCCUGGAUAUCAGAUGUAGCAGCAAACCUUCCUCCCCCCUUGCUAGUGGCUUAAAAUCAAUGGUUCCUGUGGCUCCAAGUUCACCAAAGAGAGUUGAUUUGAGAAGUAAAAAGAAGCUCCUCAGAAGGCAUUCUAUGCAAAUUGAACAGAUGAAGCAGCUGUCAGACUUUGAAGAAAUUGUGACCUAG